AUGACAAGCAGAUUUUCUGCUUGUAUGCUGGCUUUGCUGCACUUCUUUCGUUCCUCUGACUCCUAUGAACCAGCGACAUUGCCUGAUAUUGGAGAUCCAAAAUUUAUCGAGGAAUGUGUGCAAAUGCAUAACAGAUUCCGGUCUGGAGUGAAUCCACCAGCCAGCAACAUGCUCUACAUGAGUUGGGAUCCAGAUUUGGCAAAGACUGCGAAAGCCUGGGCAAAGAAAUGCUUAUUCAAACAUAAUACAUACCUCAAAGUUCCAGGACAGGCUCACCCCAAAUUCACCCCUGUUGGAGAAAAUCUCUGGACUGGCUCAAUCCCUGCUUUUACUGUGCAAGGAGCCAUCACCUCUUGGUACAAUGAGGUCAGCGCCUACAGUUAUACCACCAAUAGCUGCAGAGGAACAUGUGGCCAUUAUACACAGAUUGUUUGGGCUACAAGCUACAAGGUUGGCUGUGCUGUCCACUUCUGUCCCAGCGUGGCAUACUCCUCCAUAACCAACGCAGCACACUUCAUCUGCAACUAUGGGCCAGCUGGGAAUUACCCAAGGCACCCAUACAAGGCGGGAGCUCCGUGCAGUGACUGCAACAGCGACCAGUGUGCCAGCCAGCUGUGUCAAAAUGCAGAGCGUGACAAAGUCAUUAGUGAUUCUAGGUGGUAUCCAGAGUGGGACAGGCCUGCGUGUGACGAGUACUGCAUCACCAUUAUUGCUUUAAGGCCGUUACUCCUUAUACUGACAGUUCUGGCCACCUGGCUCUUACCAAAAUACUAUUCUCUAGCACUGGCCAGUGAGUGA